GCGGCCGAGAGCGCGGCGCCCGGAGAUCGGCGUUCUCCCCGCCGGCGGCGCCAUGCGCUACAACGAGAAGGAACUGCAGGCGCUAUCCCGGCAGCCGGCCGAGAUGGCGGCCGAGCUGGGCAUGCGGGGCCCCAAGAAGGGGAGCGUGGUGAAGCGGCGGCUGGUGAAGCUGGUGGUCAAUUUCCUCUUCUAUUUCCGGACGGACGAGGCCGAGCCUAUCGGAGCCCUGUUAUUGGAACACUGCCGAGUCACCCGGGAAGAGCCCAGCGGCUUCUGCAUCAGCUUCGUGGACACGGAGAGGAAGUACCAUUUUGAGUGCUGCAGCGAGGAGCAGUGUCAGGAGUGGAUCGAGGCGCUGCGCCGGGCCAGCUAUGAGUUCAUGCGGAGGAGCCUCAUCUUCUACAGAAACGAGAUCCAGAAAAUGACGGGCAAGGAUCCCCUGGAGCAGUUCGGCAUCUCCGAGGAGGCCCGGUUCCAGCUAAGCAGCUUGAAGGCAUGAGCCCCCAGACUGGCAAGGCCCCUGCUCGGGACAGGACAGCCCUCCCCGCCACCUCUCGCCCCCCCCGAGUGGGCUGGGUUUGUGGUGGGAGGUGUUCUGUCUUCCCCCAAGGCCGGGUGGGGUGCAGGGCUGCCUUUUGGAAGGAACGCCCAUGGACUGGCCACCCUUUGGGGCGGCUGCUGCUGUAGGGUGCGGGGGACAAGCGUCCACGUUCCGGCGUCGGGCCGCCCGGCCCCCAGACCCCCCGAGGGGGGCAGGGGUCCCGCCGGCUGAAUGUAGUCAGACUGUGAAGCUGUGAAAGGUGUGGGGAGCGCGCCGCCUGCCCCGAUGUGAACUCCUGCUGAUGGAGAGGCGAUGCCGUGGCCACGCCUCUGGGCAGAGCUGGACAGGGCCACCCUCGCCCCUGCGCUCCUGUUGAAAUAAAUAUACCUCUUUUCACU